AUGUCUAAGCCCAACAUCAUCUAUAUCAUGGCCGAUCAGAUGGCAGCACCCAUGCUGUCAUUGCAUGACAAGGAGUCUGUCAUCAAGACCCCCAACCUCGACAAGCUGGCGUCCGAAGGGGUGGUGUUUGACUCCGCCUACUGCAACGCGCCGCUAUGUGCGCCCUCACGCUUCGUGAUGGUGAGUGGCCAGCUGCCAUCCAAGAUCGGGGCCUACGAUAAUGCGGCCGAUCUGCCCGCGGACACGCCGACGUACGCCCAUUAUCUACGCCGCGAGGGCUACCAUACCGCGCUUGCAGGGAAGAUGCACUUCUGUGGCCCAGACCAGUUGCAUGGCUAUGAAGAGCGCCUGACUAGUGAUAUCUACCCCGGUGACUAUGGAUGGUCAGUCAACUGGGACGACCCGGAAGUUCGUCUCGACUACUAUCACAACAUGUCCUCGGUGAUGGAAGCUGGCCCCGUGGUGCGCACCAACCAGCUCGACUUUGACGAAGAAGUGAUCUACAAGUCUCAGCAAUAUCUCUACGACCAUGUCCGUCUUCGAAACGAUCAACCAUUCUGCCUGACUGUGUCCAUGACCCAUCCGCAUGACCCAUAUGCUAUGACCAAAGAGUAUUGGGAUAUGUACGAGGAUGUUGAUAUCCCGCUCCCCAAGAGCAAAGCUGUACCCCACGAGCAGCAAGAUCCACACUCGCAGCGCGUGCUGAAGUGUAUUGAGCUAUGGGGCAAAGAGAUCUCCGAUGAGCGUAUUCGUGCAGCUCGCCGGGCGUAUUAUGCUGCCUGUACCUACGUCGACACAAACAUCGGGAAAUUAGUCAAGACAUUGCAAGACACUGGUCUAGACGAAGACACCAUCAUUGUCUUUACAGGAGAUCAUGGUGAUAUGCUCGGAGAACGCGGUCUCUGGUAUAAAAUGACGUGGUUCGAGAACUCUGCGCGCGUUCCUAUGCUGUUCCAUUCGCCCAAGAGAUUCUCCCCGAAGAGAGUGCCCGAAAAUGUUUCGACUCUAGAUAUAUUGCCCACUUUUGCCAGUCUUGCAGGCGCAAAACUUCUGGGCGACCUACCCUUAGAUGGUGUAUCGCUCGCGCCUUACUUGACUGGAGAGCCAGGUGAACGUACCGACACCGUUUACGGUGAAUAUAUGGGCGAGGGCACCCAAGCUCCUCUCAUGAUGAUUCGUCGAAACCGUUGGAAAUUCAUUUAUUCGACAAUUGACCCCCCAAUUCUCUAUGAUCUGGUUUCCGAUCCAAAGGAAACCCACAACUUGGUGUCCGGGCUGGCUGUUCCGUCGUGGACAGCGGAGGUAAUCAAGCCUGCCAAUCCAGCAGGACUGCAGGCUCAGGAACUCACUCCAAUUGAUACUCCGCGUACAUCCCCCGUUCCAUCGACAGCGUACCCAUUCCCGCCUCCUUGUGAGAUCGGCCAGAUGAAAAGUUCAACCUUGCCAGAUACAACGGAGCCAGUCGAACUGCUGUCAUGGUUUAUGAAAGAGGUCAACCAGCGAUGGAACUUUGAGGCAAUUCACCAAGAUGUGCUCAGAUCGCAGCGCCGCCGCCGACUGGUUUAUUCUGCGUUGAUCAAAGGAAAGAUUGCUGGCUGGGACUGGGAGCCUCGCGUUGAUCCCAGCACUCAGUAUGUGCGCAACCACGGAAAAGGUAUUCUCGACGAUGUUGAAAUUCUCUCUCGCUGGCCGCGUGUGCUAAAGGAAGCUGCCAUUGAACACGGAAUGGGCGUUUAG